UUCCCCGCGCUGUGCACCAAAGGGGCGGCUUGGUUGCCCUGUGCUCUUGAACGCUGCUGCUCUUGGGUCUGGAGUCCUGAGUGCGGUCACACAGGCUCCGCGGGCCAGGAAAACCCCCGGGCGGGCCCUGCAGACCACUCUGGCUAGAUCGCUAGGCGGGAUUGAGCCCGCCUCCCACCCAUACUGUCUUGCGCUCCUGCUGGGUUCUGGCUGCGCCCAGCUCGGCAGUGCUCUUCCUCCGACCUGGGCUGUCGUGGAGCAGAAUGUGUGCUUCUCUGAAGUCCCGCCACCUUGGGGAGGCCCCUGAGAUUUAAAAAGCAAAACAAAACUGCAGGACAGUUUCUGGGUUCCCAUCCCUUCUACCAAUUCCCACCACCAGCUCCAGAUCACCUGUCAUACAAGAGGUCCAGGACCACGGCAGUGAUCUGCUUGGGAAAUAGCCUGAUGUUUUGAAAUUGAGAUGUCCACUCUUCCUCAGAGGGAAGCCACAGCACCUACUGCGUGUUCAGGCUCAACCUCUUCUCAGGACAUGGAGAAUGGCUAUGGUGAUGUUCUGCAAGGAGAAUGCCUCAGAAAGCCAGACUGCAAGCAGUCCAAACUCUAUGGAGUGGGUGACCCCAUGGCCAUGUUCUCCUCUGACAGCUCCUGCCUGUCCUCUAGAGGAAGAGUCAUCAAAUGGUUCUGGGACUCAGCUGAGGAGGGCUACAGAACCUACCACAUGGAUGAGUAUGAUGAGGACAAGAACCCCAAUGGCAUCGUUAACCUGGGCACCAGUGAGAACAAGCUCUGCUUCGACCUUCUGUCCAGGCGGCUGACACAGAGUGACAUGCUUCAUGUGGAGCCGUCUCUGCUGCAGUACCCUGACUGGAGGGGACAUCUGUUCCUCCGGGAAGAAGUGGCAAGGUUCUUGUCUUUCUACUGUAAGAGCCCGGCACCCCUCAAACCAGAGAACGUGGUAGUUCUGAAUGGCUGUGCCUCUCUCUUUUCUGCUCUGGCCACAGUGCUGUGUGAGGCAGGAGAGGCUCUCUUGAUCCCCACCCCUUACUAUGGAGCCAUUACCCAGCACGUCUAUCUCUAUGGCAAUGUCCGACUGGCCUAUGUCUACCUGGACAGCAAGGUAACUGGACUGAACACACGUCCCUUCCAGCUCACAGUGGAGAAGCUGGAGAUGGCCUUGCAAGGAGUUAAUUCUGAGGGUGUCAAGGUCAAAGGCCUCAUCCUCAUCAACCCCCAGAACCCUCUGGGUGACAUCUACUCCCCUGAAGAGCUACAGGAGUUCCUGGGAUUCGCCAUGAGGCACCAACUGCAUGUGAUCAUGGAUGAAGUUUACAUGCUGUCCGUGUUUGAAGAGUCUCUUGGGUACCGCAGUGUCCUGAGCUUGGAAAGGCUGCCUGACCCCCAGAGGACACAUGUGAUGUGGGCCACCAGCAAAGACUUUGGGAUGUCUGGACUCCGCUUUGGCAUACUGUACACAGAAAACCAGCAUGUGUCUACUGCCGUGGCCUCCCUCUGUCGCUACCAUGGCCUCAGUGGCCUGGUCCAACACCAGAUGGCACAGCUGCUCCGGGACCAUGACUGGAUCAGCCAGGUGUACCUGCCAGAAAACCACGCCCGACUCAAGGCUGCCCAUACCUAUGUCUCAGAGGAGCUCAGAACCCUGGGGAUCCCCUUCGUGAGUCGUGGGGCAGGCUUCUUCAUCUGGGUUGACUUGAGAAAGUACCUUCGCAAAGGCACAUUUGAGGAGGAGGUGUUGCUCUGGCGCCAAUUUUUGGAUAACAAGGUGCUGCUGUCCUCUGGGAAGGCCUUUGAGUGCAAAGAACCCGGCUGGUUCCGGGUGGUCUUCUCAGACAAGGAGAACCGGCUCUGCCUGGGGAUGCAAAGGAUGCGGCAGGUGCUUGAAAGGCAAUCUCAAGUGGUAGAAGAUACCUCUCCCUGUCACACUCAGGAGCCAAGUACCCAGCCCAUAUGAGCAGGCCAUUGCCUCACAAGCAGCCACUGUCCUCAUGACCUGGACAUGUAGAGUCACGGAGCAUUGAGUGUGGAUGUGCCAUUUGUCUGUAGGAUUUUGUCACUUGGCUUUGGCCUUGAAGAACUGUUUCUGGCCCUCCCUGCUGGCAGUUUAAACUGGUGCUUAUUCUGGGCUGUUGCUGUCCUCUAUUCAGUGGGAUUGGGACCAGCCAGGUAUCUGUGCUGUGAAUAGUGUACAGAAUGGGAAGUCGUGACUGCUCCUCACCACAGCUCCUCCCUAGGACACAAGAGUAAAUAAGUAACUGUUCA